GUACGGCAUAGCUCCCUCCCCGUAUGGUGUUUUUCCGGGGCAACCAGCUCCAGUUCAGCCGCGGGGGACUGCUUUUCCUGGGGCUCCAGGUUUUCCAUCUGUGGACCAAUCUUUUCAGUCCCCUCCUCCCCCCGUUGUUUGUCAAUUAUGUUUUUCUCCAGGUCACUCUGCUCUACACUGCUCCCGUUUUACCGCAUCUCAUACCCCGGCUCUUUCUGCCCUACCCACUGGUGAAAACAAUGAUUCAGUCUGGUAUCCUGACUCCGGGGCUAGUGCUCAUAUGACUCCACAUGAAGGACACUCAAACGGGGGAGCUUCUUCUUCAGGCACAUAAUAGAGACCAUGUUUACCCUUUUCAUGCCCUUCAAGCCCGAGUGGUUCCUGGUCAAAUUUGGCACAAGCGUGUGGGACAUUGUGGUGAUAGAGUACUUAGUAAACUUAGGCAGCAUAAAUUAAUUUCCAGUUCUUCGUCUUUUAUUCAUGAUUGUGUCUCGUGCAAGUUGGGUAAAUCCCACAGACUCC